GAGGAGUCCAGCCACAGUCAUCCUGUGAACUGGUGUGGAGCAGUGUUGUGGAGCUGCCUCUGCCUGCCUUGUUCCCGCUCCCAAAGAAAGAGCUGCUCUAGGACCGACGACCCCGCCAAGCACAAUCUGAUUGUUUGCUUGGCACUUGGCAUCUGUGGAGAACAAGACAAUGGCUGCCAGCAAGAGCAAGAACCAGAGUUCCUUGGCCCUCCAUAAAGUAAUUAUGGUUGGCAGUGGAGGUGUAGGCAAAUCUGCACUCACGCUUCAGUUUAUGUAUGAUGAGUUUGUAGAAGACUAUGAACCUACUAAGGCUGACAGCUACAGAAAGAAAGUAGUUCUGGAUGGUGAAGAAGUUCAGAUAGACAUUCUGGACACAGCAGGACAGGAGGAUUAUGCAGCCAUCAGAGAUAACUACUUCCGCAGUGGGGAAGGGUUUCUUCUAGUCUUCUCAAUAACAGAGCAUGAAUCCUUUACAGCAACAGCAGAAUUCCGGGAACAGAUCCUGCGUGUGAAGGCUGAAGAGGAUAAAAUCCCUUUACUGGUAGUAGGAAACAAGUCUGAUUUGGAAGAGCGCAGACAAGUGCCUGUAGAAGAGGCUAGAAGCAAGGCAGAAGAGUGGGGUGUGCAGUACGUAGAGACCUCUGCCAAAACUAGAGCAAAUGUAGAUAAGGUAUUCUUUGAUCUAAUGAGAGAAAUCAGAGCAAAGAAAAUGUCAGAAAACAAAGACAAGAAUGGCAAGAAAAGUGGCAAGAACAAGAAAAGCUUUAAAGAAAGAUGUUGCUUACUGUGAUGCUUGGGAACUGUAAAUAUCUACAGGUGGCAUGGAUAAGAUACCACUAAAGAUAUAGGGCUGGAUUCAUGAAAGGAAGUCUGUAUUGACUCCCUUAUCUCUUGCUUUGCAUAUCACACCUUCAAAAUGUGAAAACAGAACUUUGAAACCGUUUCUGGUAUCCAACAAAAUCUAUGACUACUUGCACAGAAAUGGGCUCUGUCUUCCCAAUGUCUUUCAAGGCUAGAUAUAUACUGAAUCUCAGAACUACAAUAAUUCUGCUUGGUUAUACAAAGUACUUUCGUAUUAAUUUCGUAGUAUAUUUUAAUGUUUCUCUGAAUGUUUUUUCUCUUGAACCUCUACUGGCCUUAAAGCACAGCUGUUCAGGUUCGAACAAUAUUUCACUGUCUUUACCGUCUGUUGCAAACUGCAGAAAAGCUAGAUGACAUCUGGUAAGGGUUUGAGUCCCCAUCUUCUGGGGUCACUGAUGUCUUACACUGGGAUCUGCUGCUUUCCUCUCCAUCCUCCAUUUAACAAAUAGCAACUGACACUUGAGAGGCAUUUCUAAAUGCAAGUUAACUUUCUUCCUGUUCAGCUGAGUCAAUAUAGCAUUCAUGAAUCAAGCUUGUGGACUCGAUUCAGACUUAGGUAAUGCAGCAAUUGGUAUUUAAUUACUGGCUAGGUGCAUUCCCCGCUGGUCUGUUUUCUCAUCCUUAAGUUAGUGUGGUGUGGGGUGAGAAAAAUGACUGUAAGACCUUCUUUGAAAGGAAUUGUAUUGCCACCAUCUCCUUGAAAUGCUGUCCUGGGUUUCUUCCAUAUUUUACGACUAGAUUCAGUUAAGUUUGUUCUACAUCAGUCGUCAUUCUCCUCCCUGGUACUGGACUAGUGUAAAUGGAAGUGUUGAUUUCAUCUGUCUUUAUGUUGCAACAUUUGUGGUCAUGCUGGAGAAGUGGAAACUUACGCAUCUCUCUUGGUGAAUAUGAAUACUCUGAAGAAGAUGGGUCACAUCACACAAUCAUAAUCUGGAGUUAGUGAGGCGUACAUGCUACCUCUCAAUGAUCAGUCGGCUAGUGAGUUGCACGGUGUCAAAAAGCAAGUGAAGUUAAGCAGUUGCCACAUCUGUUACUCACUUAACUUUGUAUGUUCUGUUUCUGAUGCAGAGCAACCUAGCACAUGGAGACACAUGUUGUUUUGCUGUCAGUUACACUUUAGUCACGUUUUAAUCAACAAAGCCAGCCUAGAAAUGGGAGAGAAGUCAGUAUUUUAGCACAUUAUCUUGUCAGCCUACUAAGUGCAGUUGCCAAAAACUUUUGUUGCUAUUGCAGAAAGUAACUGUCUCUCCUGAUCAUGAAGUCUCUCAGUGAAUUACAGACUUCUAAUUUGAAGAAAUAGAUGGUUUUAGAAAGUAGCAACUGUACCUUGCUUGUUACCAGAUGCUUAAAAUCCAGUUACUUGGAAGAAAAACUUGAGCAGCACUAAAUUAACAAAUAUUGUUCCUCCUUGGGGUGAAGGAGAAGCAAAUAUCGUUCAGUAUUUGGUAUUGUAACUUGGGGUUGAGAAGCAUUUUUAACAUGUACUAGAUUGCUCUUGUGCAUUCUGCCUCUGAACUUUGAAAAGAGUAAGAUGUGUUAGAUAUUAGAGCCUCUGUUGGUCUGAGGUUUUGCAGGGACUUAUCACAAACUCAUUGUCUUCCAUAACUAGUUCUCCUUGUCAGGCAACUCAUUGGAUUGGGGAAACUGUACUAAAUAAAAGGUGCUGUAAUCUUC